ACCGUACCGCCGCCCUCUUUAUAUAACGGAGCCCCCCCCCCCCCUCCCUUUACUUCCGUUUAUCCCGUGACCAGAAUUUUCAAUCUCUCUCUCUCUCUCUCUCUCUCUCUAAGUUUCCAGCUGAAUUGUAUAUGGCCGCCAAUUUGCAGAAGAGCAGUGGAAUCGCCGGCGGCCUGGGGAAGCUUUUCGGGAGGAAGAUAGCAACUCGCGCCAAUUCUCCGUCAUCAUCGGCUCCCCUGUUUAGCAGGGGCGUGCACGCAUCGGCCUACGACAAGAACCCGGAGGAACAUGCCCCACACUCGCCGGUCCCGGACGAGAUAAUCCAGCGGGCCCAAUCCGACAAGUACUGGGCUCCCCACCCUCACACCGGCGUGUUUGGGCCCGACACGGCCAACCACCUGCAGGCGGCUUCCACCGCCGCCCUGCCGGGCUCCGCAUUGGAUCAGAAAGCCUUCUUCCGCCCCCUUGAGGGUUUGGAAAAACCUGAGCCCCCCAGUCUCUAGCUGAAUCAUCCAGUCGAUCACUAAACUUCCUCAAAAAACUCCUGCAUGCCCUUUCUUGUCUGUUUAUGUGCAGAUGCAAUGUCUCUUGAUCUAAAUAAGCUCCAAAAUUUGUCUCUCUUUUGUUGUUGUCUUCGCAUUUCAGAGUAAUUUUGUUUUAAUUGUGGAACAACUGUAGAGAAAAGAUGGGUCCCGUCCGCUUCCCCGCGAAAGGUGCACCAAAAAGUGUACCCGAAAAAAAAACAACGAUAUUUUAACGGAUUACCCUGGCACAAAAUAUUAGUUCACUUAAUAAAAUUUGCACUAACAUUUUUUGUCAAUGCAAAUUAUUACACUAGCACAAAAUGUCAGUGUAUACUUUGGGUACAAAAUAGAGUAGAAGUUUAGGUGUACAAAUACCUUGAUUCUUAUUCAGAGUGAUUCAUGUGACAUUCGUUUUGAAUGUUAUAUAAUAGAAUUAAGCUAUUUGUACUUC